CCCGCGCAAUCAUAUCUCGCACGGCCCCUAAAAGUCGAUACUUAUAUGAAUUCAAAAACGAGUAUGUGAUAUAAACAUGUUAUUAUGUUUAUUUAUCAUGUAAUAUUUGUAACAUAAAAAUAGUAUUAUAUUUGUGAUUAAAGAUUGUAAUUAUUAUCUUUCAAUAAAACUACAUACAUAUUUUAUGUAUAUACUGUCUAAUUGAAGUAUCAUAACCUAAAUAACCUAUUGUAUGUCAAAGUAUAUAUACGUCAUUUAAAGGGUGAUUGGAAAUUGCAGUGAAAAUGAAUACUUAUAACGUGAUAACACCGGACUUUAUAAAUUUAUGUAUUACUAGCUCUAGUCAGCAAUCGUGCUGUGUAGAACGAAGAUUUCAAAAAGGAAUAACAAUUGAUGAAUUUAAGGGAAAAUUAGAACUAUUAACGGGCGGUAAUCCUGCAACAAUGAAGAUUGAAGUAUAUGAUAAGAACGAUAAAUUAAUUUGUAAACUAGAUGAUGGUCAGCGUCUUUUAGGAUCAUACCCUAUUGAUAAUGGAAUGAAAAUACUUGUAAUAGACAAUUUUUCUCGUACUGAAGAAAAUUUGAAUAAUGUAGAAAAAUUUGAAAUAUCUGAAGAAGAAUAUGCAAAACGAUCAGAUACUGUGAAAGCAUUUCUAGAGAAAAAUAAAUUAGGAAAAUAUAAUGAAGAAGAAAUGAAAAGAAAAGCAGAAGAAAAAAAAAAAGAAGAAGAAGCAGAAGCUUUAGCUGCUCAGUCAUGCAAAGUUGGUGAUCGAUGUGAAGUUUGUGUUCCAAAUCAACCAAAACGAAAAGCUACUAUUAUGUAUAUUGGUAAAACUGAAUUUAAAGAAGGUUGGUGGAUUGGAGUGAAAUAUGAUGAACCGCUUGGUAAAAAUGAUGGAACUGUUAAUAGGAAGAAAUAUUUCGAGUGUUUACCAAAAUAUGGCGGGUUUGUAAAACCAGCACAUGUAAAAGUAGGAGAUUUUCCAGAAGACGAAUUUGAUUUGGACGAAGAACUGUAAACUAUUAAUAUUAUUAUUCAUUUUUUAAUCAAAAAUUAGAAUUUACAAAAAAAUCUAUAAUUAAUAUUUGUUACAUGUAAAAAUGCUUAAUAUUUCCUUCGCUUUAUUAUAUCCGGCCUCCAAUUUACAGGAUGUGUUUCUUCCGUCUGAAAUUAUAUAAAUAAAAAAAUAACUGUA